AUGACCCAACCCACUCCCCUCUUCACCCUACCCAUCCCCAUAUCCUCCCCCCUCCAAUCUCACCCAGGCACUCUAACCUGCACAAUCCCCUCUCCCGCGCACCCCACCCUCUAUCUCCUCACCUUCUCCUCAUCCCCCGAUAACCGCCUCACCACCACUUUCUGCCAAACUUUUCUCCUCGCCCUCGACAUCCUCGAACUCUCCUAUCCAGUGGGUGCUAUCUGUAUAACCUCUGCCAUCCCCAAAUUCUUCUCCAACGGCCUUGAUCUCAAUCAUGCGUCUACUACUGAGGGAUUCUGGGAGAAGAGUCUUUAUGCGUUAUGGAGGCGCUUGUUAACCUACCCAAUGCCCACCAUAUCUCUCCUCCCCGGGCAUGCCUUCGCCGGCGGCCUCAUGACCGCCAUGUACACAGACUACCGUAUCUUCAACCUCAGCCGAGGGUACCUCUGUCUUAACGAGCUAGAAUUUGGAGCCCCCCUCAAACCUCCCAUGUCCUCCAUAUUCCGACAAAAGCUCUCUUCUCCCGCCACCUAUCGCUCUCUCGUCCUCGAAGCUAAACGCUUUAACGGCGAAGCCGCCUUGAAAGAAGGCCUUGUGGAUAUAUUAGGUGGAUGGGAAGAUGUGUUGAAGCUAGUGGAUGAGCGGAAAUUGUUGGAGAAGGGGAAGAGCGGGGUAUAUGGGGUGUUGAAGGCGGAGAUGUGGAGGGAGAGUUUGGGAUAUCUUGAAGGGCACACGGAGAAUGAGGAGAGGGAUGGGGUGAAUAUGGAUAAGGAAGUGGAGAGGAAAGAGCAGGCCCAGAAAAGAGUUGCUGAAUGGGAGAAGCAGGCAAAGAAGACAUCGAAACUAUAA